UCCGGGUCAUUCAAUUCGAACAUUUGUGUCCAGGAUCACCAAUAUCCGAACAUACAUCUGCGCUCAACACAUUGUCUAGAUUCCCAGGAAUGUUUGCUGGUGCGGCUGGCUUUCUAGGAUAUCCAUGUUGCAGACCCGCUGCCCAAGCUAUCCGUGGUCGAAGAAAGCUUGUGUUUGCAUAGCAGCUUGAUCCACUCCUUGUCUCAAAAUAUCUCAUACAAGUCCACAAUGUCUGGCAUGUCUGAAAAUCUACUUGAACCAUGUCCCCAGCUCUCCAGCUCCAUUGGCUGGCCACGUCAGCUCAGCCCGCAGCCUCGAAAUGUACGAGACAAAGCACUCGUUGACUGGUACAGUCUUCACAAUGACUGCGUUUAUAUCAGCGUAGCGAUACAAUGUGCAGAACAUCACAAUGCAGUCCCACACUUUCCACCUCAAUAUAUUGCCCCAGUACUCGCCCCUGACCUUCAUUCAGAUAGAAACAACAGCAACUACUACAAACAUCUAAACACAGAGACAACCAGCGAAAUGACACCCCGCUCGGCUGCCCUCACGGGGUUGUAUUUCAACUCCCACUCUAACUCUCGUGGCCCACGAAGUUCGCACUUUUACAUGCUGUCGGACCAAGAUAUGCCACUCCUCGCGCGUAUCCUGGAAGGGUCCGCAGUGCAAGAGGUCCAGGAGCGUAUACAAUCACUGCCUCGCCACCUCCGCGCCAGCGGCUUCCACAAGGCACCCUCCUCAGCCACUGGCAAAGUGCAGCCAGGCUACCUCUGCGACCUGCACAAGAAGCUCAAGAAAGGCCUGUGCUAUGAACUCAUGUCCCUGAUACAGCAUGAGAUCUUUCGCAUUGGCAGCUUCGUCUACUCCGUCAUUAUGAGCGGGGAGUUGGAUGCCUGGGAGGAGAUGAGGGUGCGUCAGCUCGAGCCGGUCCCGCAGAUGUACGUCCCCGGCUUCACUCCGCGCGAGGGUGCGCCCGUGGGGCAUGAGCCGCUCGUUCCUGGAUUCGUGGACCAGAAGGGUAUCUUUGUGCCAGUGUGGGCCUACGAGCCGAGUCAAUGCCCGGCGUGCAUGCUCUCCCGAAUUGGUGCAGAUAGCAAGGUUCUCUUUGCGCUGCUGGCUGGGACGGUGGCGCGGAUGGGGAGACGUGCUAGGGGACACAGGACGAAUCUGAAGUCCAGGCGCGUUCGCUUUCUGAAGGAGUGGCUUGAGGCGUGCGUCCACGGUCAGAGGCUUAGAGACGACGCAUUUGACCUAGGCGGUAGGAUGCGUGACAUCAAGCGGCAACAGAGGAGGCGAGCCCAUGAGAAGCGCGUACUUGUGGAGCGAGCUCGGGAAAUGCAGGCUCGUGAGGCGUAUGAUAUCCGCGUCGGGAUGUCCGACCAUCGCGGGAUGAAUAGUUCUCAUCGCCCAGUGUCUCGUACUGCUGCCGUAACGACUGGCUAUAGGAAGAGCAUCGUCAACAUGGACAUAUCUGAGCCCUAUUCCCCGCAACGUCGGCAUCGUGGGGCGAAUGGGUGGGACCGUCCAGUAUCUCACACUUCUGCAGAUGCAACUGGCCCCAGGGAAUGUGUCGUUGGCGUCGACAUCUCGGAAUCCUAUGCCCCCCAGUACCAGCAGGCAAGUAGCCAUCCUAUACACAACGUCAAUCCUCCCACUGACCAAACCCCAGCGAUCGGCGUCGACGCUUUCCGCCCAGGAUCAUGGCGUCUCCGAAACAACAUCCCUUCUAGCAAGGAAAAAGCCAUUUCGGGAGAAGACGCUCGAGGCGCUGACCGGUCGAGCGCCGGGACAGUACCUGUAGGCGUCGACAUCUUAGAACCUUUGAUCCCAGCUCCGCGGCCGCCAUCCAAUUACAUGCCACCCCACUGUGAGCCUGAUGUCGAUGAGCGUGCCUUGCCAGCUACGAUACAGUCAAUGACAAGCCCGGCUGUAGAUACCCUGGUUCGUGAUAGGUCAAGGCGAUCUGGGAUAGUGUUCGCGAGUUCAACGUCCUAUGAGCGCUAUCCCUCGAUCGCCUCGUCCUUUGCGAGCAACGUGUCUCUGAACGACCUUCGGGCACCUUCCGCGAAUCCAAAUCUUGUCCCCAGCCCGCUGCGCAUUCCAAGUAGGCGUCUACCCCCAUUUCCAGAGCGUAGCCCAGCCAGGGUGCUACAGCCACACCCGCUGUCAAUCUAUGGGACAGUCAGUGGCUCUGGUACGGCGACCGCUGGGCGGUAUGCAGAUGUUAGUCCGCCAAGCACUCCGAACUCCGAGUCUACUGGACAUGCCCAAAGCCAGUACGAUGUGAGUCUACCUUCAAGCCCGGAGUUGGAUGGGUUCGAUACGUUUCCGCCUGGUACGCCGGUGAUGCACUCGAGGCCGGUGACACCAUGGAGUGGGCUGUAUGGUAGCUAAAGCUCAAUUAUCGAGGGGAACGCAUGUAACGUAAU